UAUGUAUAAAAACAUCCGUCUUUUCUAAACCCCUAAAUGCGUCUUCUCUCUUUCUUCUCUUUCUAAACCCUAACCCAAUUAGUUCAUGAUUUUUUUUUCACCUCUCAAUCCAUCUCAAAAUGAAGCCAGAUUUCUUCAAAAAUCUACCACCAGAAAUCAUCAGCGAGAUCUUCUUAAGACUGCCUGCUGUAAGCAUUCUAAUAAGCAAAUGUGUUUGCAAGCGAUGGAUCCAUCUGCUGGAGUCUGAUGCUUUUGUCAAGUCUCAUUUUGCCAGAUCCGCCCCCGCUCUAGUUGUUGUGGACGAUUCGAAUCAGUUGAAAGUUUUGGAAUUCGAAGGCGAGCUCGAUCUGAACCUUGAGAGCCACGAUCCACUCAUCAAGUAUGAUUUCCCUUACCGCCAAGCAAAACUAAGCAGUUCUGUUAAUGGUUUGAUUGUAGUAAGGGUGCGUUUUAAUAUGAUUUGUGUAUGUAAUCCGAUCACUCGUGAAGUUAUUAAGCUGGAUCUGCCUUCUUCAAGAGUAUCUGGUUUUGGAUUUGGGGCAAGCAAAAUCAGUGGCCGAUACAAGGCGGUCAGUAUUAGUAGUAAGCCCUAUGGCUAUGAUGAUAAAUUGGAUUGUCAUGUAUACACUCUUGGAACAGGAUCUUGGCGACGCCUUGAAGGUAACCCGUGUGUGCACCAGUAUGGUGAAGGUGCAUUUGUUAAUGGAAAUUUCCAUUGGAUAGUAUACAUGAAUGGAGAAGCGUCAUGGAUUUCUUGCUUUGAUCUUGAAACGGAAUGUUUUAGCUUCUUUAAAGCUCCUCCCUAUCUUGCUCAAGGAUUCUUGAGAAGAACAACGACCUUGUCUGCUUUGAGCGGUUGCCUAUGGUUUUGCAAGGUAACAUCCGAAUAUGAAGAUGAAUAUGAUACUGGGCGACAUGAGGUAACUAUAUGGAUUAUGAAGGAAUAUGGAGUGGACGAAUCUUGGAGCAAGGAAUAUGUGAUCCCCCUUGAUGAUGAGACGCAGAGUGUUGAUCCCAUCAAAGUUUUCGAAAAUGGCGACCUAUUGAUGUUAGUGGAGAUAGACGUUUCUGGGUGCCUUUUCUACUACUCUAAGAAGACUAAAACUAUGCAAAGUAUUGAUUUGUUUGGUGCAGGGCAGACCUCUGACGAUGUCAAGUAUGGGCUUUUCACUCCCACCCUUGUUUCACUCAAAACUUUAGGUUUAGGUGUGGAGAAUGUAAUCUCAUUCUGAUUGUUUGCAUUUUCAUAAUGCUACCAUCAACUAAAUGUAUGUUUGAAGAUUGAGUUAGUGAUGAAGCAUAUCAUUUAGAUCAAGGAAACUAUCCUAUAUAUAUUAUGGUUCCUUUGGUACAUUUCUUAGUGGCAAUGAUGCUGCUCCUGCUUGUACAGUUUGAAGGAUUAUUGCCUGUGUUUUUUUGUGAUGAAUCAUGUGAUAAUGAGAUUGUUGUUUGUUAUAUAUGGAUAUAUGCAGUGAUAUCUGGCAAUAUGAAAUAAUUGCAUGAUUGGACAAAUAAACAAGAAUAGAGGAUAGGAUGUGUAUAGAUUAAAGAAUUAUGUUAUGUGAUACGCCCAACCCAAUCUCUAGAUUGGCCCAAUUAUGCUCCAGCCCAUUAGGUUUUUAUUAGCAGAUAUAAAUAUGUAAUCUCUAAGUUUGCUCAGCAGGAAAUGAAUAUUUUGGUUGAUUUUUAUCAAAUCUCACUUCUUAAUUUUUGGAGUUUGAGCUUGCUCGAAAAGCUCCACCACUGAUAUAAUCGUAUCAAUUGGCGCUUUCAUUGAGAGAAACCCUCUUUGAAUAUCCAUUUUUUAUCAAAAAAAAGAGGUGUUGCGUUUAGCAGUCGGCAUCGUGCGAAACCAAGUGGAAGAAGAAGAAGGAGAGAUGGAUUUGGGUUAUUUGCAGUGUGGAGAACAAGAAAUAAGAGAAAGGAAUUGAAGCAAUUGAGGUCAGGGUUACUUGCCAAAAUUUCUUUUUGUUUGCAGAUCAGUAGUUUACCUGGCUUGCUGCAAAUCCCGUUGCUCGAUUCUUCUAUUGUGGUUGAUUCGUAUGAGUUGGUAUUGUUGAAUGGGUAUUAGUAUUAGGCAAGAGGAUUAGUGGGCAGAGCUUUUCGGAAAAGAAAAAAAAAACAGGGGGUGCAAGGAUGUUAAAUUAAUUAUAGAUAUGGCAGGGAGUUUUGUAUGCAUUUGAAAAAAAAAACAAAAAAAAUUGAUUGAACUUG